UCUCUUCCUGCUUACAUAAUGACAGUGUUGUUACAAAUAAAUAAAUCAAAUGAAUAAACGGCCGUUGCGCAACGACAGUGGCUGCAUGGAUGUCGGAUUCGGAGGAGAUCGAUGACAACGCGCGCCUCCUGCGGCUCCCACUACUCUCUCUUCCGCUCGCUGCUGCGGUGCGCGGCACGGAGCUGCGUCGCGGAAGGGCGGUCCCUCCACGCGCGCCUCAUCAAGAUCGGGUCCUGGGCGGACGUCUUCCUCGCCAACAGCGUCGUCAACAUGUACGCCAAGUGCGGCCACCUGUCCCAGGCCACGGCGGCCUUCGACGAGAUGCGCGCCCGCGACGUCGUCUCCUGGAACUGCCUCAUCAACUCCUACUCUCGCCAAGGCCCCCGCGCCGCCGCCGCCGCCUCCGUCACCGAACUCUUUCGCCGCAUGCGGGCCGAAGGCGGCGCGUGCCUCCUCCCCAACGCCUUCACCUUCGCGGGCGUUUUCACGGCCGCUCCCCACUCCCCGGACGCCCAUGCCGAUUUCGGUUUUCAGGCUCACUGCGUCGCCGUCAAGACGGCCGAUUGUGAUGAUGUCUUUCUCGGAAGCUCGCUGCUCAACAUGUACUGCAAGCUCGGACUUGUUUCUGAUGCUCGCAAGGUGUUCGACAGAAUGCCUCACAAGAAUUCCGUCUCCUGGGCGGCCAUGAUUUCUGGCUAUGCUGUUGGAAAGUGUCCGGCCGAGGGGUUCCGGUUAUUCAGGUUGAUCAUGUGGGAACGCCCGUGCAGCACCAACGAGUUUGUCGUCACCAGUGUUCUUAGUGCUGUCAGCCUCCCUGGAUUUCUGCAGAUGGGUCGGCAGAUCCAUGCUCUUGCUGUCAAGAAUGGGUUAUCAUCUUUCCUAUCCGUCGAGAAUUCGCUCGUCACCUUGUAUGCAAAAUGUGAAAGCCCGGACGACGCACUGCUGAUGUUUGACUCAUCAAGAGAUAAAAAUUCCAUCACCUGGUCUGCGAUGAUAACUGGAUAUGCACAAAAUGGCAAUUCGGACAAGGCUCUGUUGCUUUUCUCACAGAUGCAGUCGGAAGAUAUCAGACCGAGCGAAUUCACAUUUGUUGGGGUUCUCAACGCAUGUAGCGAUGCGAUGGCUUUGCUUGAAGGGAGACAGGCUCAUUGUUACUUGUUGAAGCUGGGAUUUGAGCUUCAAGUGUACGUCAAAAGUGCACUGGUGGAUAUGUAUGCAAAAUGUAGCAAUGUUGUUGAGGCGAGGAAAGGGUUUGAUCAGCUGCUUGAGGAGGAUGUUGUCCUCUGGACUACGAUGAUAGCAGGGCAUGUGCAGAAUGGAGAGCACGAAGAGGCUCUAACACUAUACGGAAGAAUGGAAAAGGAGGGCAUCUUGCCUAAUAAUCUGACCAUAGUUAGCGUCCUUAGAGCAUGUUCUGGCCUCGCAGCUUUGGAGCAAGGGAAGCAAAUGCAUGCUCGUGCUCUCAAGUAUGGAUUUGGUUUAGGGGCUCCUAUCGGGAGUGCCCUAUCUUCCAUGUAUGCAAAGUGUGGGAACCUUGAUGAUUGUGCCCUUGUCUUCAGAAGAAUGCCACAGAGGGAUGUUGUUGACUGGAAUUCAAUUAUAUCCGGAUUUUCUCAAAAUGGGCGUGGGAGUGUUGCACUGGAUAUUUUUGAGGAGAUGAAAUGCAACAGCACAGAACCAGACCACAUCACGUUCAUUAAUCUUCUAUGUGCAUGUAGCCACAUGGGCUUGGUCGAGAGAGGUUGGUUUUACUUCAGGUCGAUGCUCAAUGAUUAUGACUUGGCUCCUAGGCUAGAACACUAUGCUUGCAUGGUUGAUAUUCUUUGUCGUGCUGGUUUGCUCAGUGAAGCCAAGGACUUUAUAGAAUCAGUUCCCAUUGAUCAUGGCACUUGUUUGUGGCGUAUUGUGCUAGGGGCCUGUCGUAGUGUUCGGAAUUUUAGUAUAGGAGCAUAUGCUGGAGAGAGACUUAUAGCGUUGGGUUCAAAGGACUCCUCUGCAUAUAUUUUGUUGUCAAACAUAUACGCUGCUGAGAGAAGGUGGGAUGAUAUGGAACGGGUGAGACGAAUAAUGAGGCUUAGAGGGGUGAGCAAGGAGCCAGGGUGCAGUUGGGUUGAGCUUCAGAAUAGAGUUCAUGUUUUUGUUGUUGGGGACCAGCACCAUCCCUACAUGGAGGAUAUAAAUACACAAGUUAGAAGGCUAACAAAGCACAUGAACGACGAAGGAUAUCGUCCAGCAUCUCGAUACUUCGGCGAUGAUUUGGAGUUGGACAUGGGAUUUCACAAGAAUGAGGACAUAGAAUUGAUAGCAUCAGCGAAUAUAUGUUGCUGAGGUCAAAACAAGAUGAUUCGUAGAAAAGUUCUAUGCAACAUGUGCAAGUUCCCAAAUCGCCAGAGCAAUGGCAUCAAACAACACCACGGUUAAUGCGACUCAAAUCCGCUUUCCCGCUUCUAUGAUGAAAAUACAGACUGCCGGUGUCACCAUCCAGUUCGGCACCGUCACUGAGGACAUUCUGGUUACUGUCAUGCCCCAGCCAGCCACUCAAAUUGGUGGGGGCAAGACUUCGACGGACUCCAAGGACGAAGCUACUUUAGUUCCCAACAGCCGUGUGAUUUCUCGCCUUCCAUCACGUGGGAGGCGCCCAAAUGUCAUCAUCCCAAAUCCUCCGCGCAGGCCUGCCAAGGAGCGACUGGCUGUUCCCUCUGCCGCAACAAGAAUUGUGAUGGAGGGUCGACUCAAAUUUUCUGAUGGCCAGCUUGCAAGGACAUUUGUCUUUAAAAGAUUGGCCCUGUCAAUUCUGAAACCAUUGAUCCGGAAGCAUCAAGAAAAUCAGUUUUUGAUAGACUGACGACCUCUACAAGCGAAGUUGCCGAGAUGGCACUUCAUCCAAGAUCCAAAUCUUUUAAGAGAAACGCUCGACGUUCCUUAAAGAGAAGACAAGAGAGAGAAGACAAAGGAACAGAGGCAUUACCGCCGACUAAGGUUGUAGUCGAACCGACAGCUCUUAUGCAUAACAAGUUCGCCCCACUAAAGUUUGUCAAAAAGAAUUCACCCACUGCUGUCCUCCGUCCUGAAAAAGAAAUGGGUCACCUACGACCUAUCAAUGAGACGAGCUACCCACGGCCUGUCAACAAGGUCUCGCCAAAACACAAAGAGACAACUAUAUCUCAACGCAUCUAUGAAGCCUUGAAAGAGGUUAAAAGGCGUCGCAAGGAGGAGAAUACAUCUGCAAUUAGGGGGCGGAAGCAACCAUUGAUGCCGAAUAAGAAAAUUACUAAGCAAUGGAGAGUGAAGAACUCUAUCAUACCAUCUGAUAAUUAGGAGAAACAAAGAGGAAGCUCCAAAAGGUUGACUAUCCAUACAGUAAGGAUGGUCAAUCAUGUAGAAGAAGAUAAUGAUGAUGGCAAUCCGACGCUGAGGGAGAUAGCUACGAGAGCUGCCCUCCUGCGCAAAGGGAAGAAGGCCCCUGAAACAAAAAGAUGUGGUUCCUCUCAAGGGAUAGGAGAAUAUCCCAACACGGACUUACCUCAACACCCCAAUACUGACUUACCCCUUGACCUGUUUAGUGUAGAAGAGAAUGAAGAGGAACCCGCUUUUCUCCCCCAGGAUCCUAAAGAUCUUCUAAUUGAUUCAAUGAGAAAGAAGCUGGAGGAAAAGGACAAGGACAUAUCAAAUCUGCAUAGAAAGUUAGACGAAGUCUUGGAAAUGUUCAGCAACAUGCAAACGCACAUGGGAGUGCAAUUAUGCAAUCCUGAAGUUCAAGCUACACCACCGACCUUGAACUUGUCCACACCGUCAACCGAAGAAAACCGAAAAAAUCAGUUGGCUACAACACCUCGCAUCCAAAAAGAUACUCAUAAUAUAACCAGAGAUGAAAUAUCAGAACUUAUUGCUCUUCAACUGAAAGAGUCAAUGGCAGGGUCAAUACCCAAACAGAAAUGAAGGGGGCACCCAUACCCUAUGGAAUAUGAUGAUAUACUCUUUCCUUUAGGGUAUGUUAUUCCUAAAUUCAAACAAUUUAAUGGGGUAGGCAACCCGGACCAACAUUUGGCACAUUUCAAAGCCACGUGUGGUAACACCGGGGGCAACAAAAUUAUUGUUGCGUCAGUUCCCUCAGAGCUUGACCGGGAUAGAUUUUGACUGGUAUUACUCUCUCGAGGAUGACUCAAUUAAAACUUGGAGUGAAAUGGAGAAUGCUUUUCGAGCAAAAUUCGCUACAGUUAGCGAUAAAAUCUCAAUAGCAGAUCUGGCAGCGACUAAAAGAAAGAAGCAUGAGUCAAUGCUAGACUACAUAACUCGAUGGCGAAAUUUGAGUAUAAAGUGUGAUACAACCCUAGAGCAAUCUCAAGCGGUAGAGUUGCUUAAAGGGAAUAUAGACAACUGGAUGGCCCCGUUCUUUUGUAUCAGCAGUUGUACUACGUUUUAGGAUCUCAUACCGAACGUCUCAAGACUGGAGAAAACUGAUCCACAAAUUUUGGCGAGUUUCUAUCCUUCUAAACCUCGGAGGGAAGAUGGAAAGAAAGCCGAAACCAAAACCGUCCAUUCAAGAACAGCUUAUGCCAACAAUAUAGAAAAAGGAAAAAGGCCCAUUGCUUCAGUUGGGCCAACAUCCAAGCCAACGUUAGGCGGUGAUAACUAUAAAAUGACCAUAGAAGAGAGAAAGAAUAAAGUCUACUCCUUUAAAAGAGACAAAGUAAGAAAAAUAUUCAAUGAUGCUAUUAAAAGUGGUCUAUAGCUACCGGAGCCAAAGAGGCCAGAAGAUGUUGGCAAAACUGAUGACACAAAUUAUUGUCUCUAUCAUAGGAUGGUCAAUCACCCUAUUGAAAAUUGUUGGGUGUUUAAAGACUGGGUUGAAAAGCAAUAUAAAACUGGUGCUAUUACUCUCUCACGUUCAGUCUUGAUGGAUUCACAAAUGGAAGAAACCAAUGUAAUUAGUGCGGGGACCGAAGAAACAGUAGGGUUCGAUUACUCUUUUCCCUCUGAGGUUUGGAACACUUUUCUGACUAAGAAGACUGGAAAAAUGCUCAAACAGUUGAAAGAAACUCCAGGAAUUACAUGGCGAGGCCCGCUGAAUCCAAGAGUGCAACCAAUGCCACUUGAGGAUCAACCUUCAUCAUCUUCCAAACCAUACAAUCCUCCUACUCUAUCUAAUCGGAAAGUAAUCAAGAAAAAGAAGAUUAAAAGGCCCGUAGAUCCGGAGCCGUAUGAGUCUAAGAAGACGGAGCUUGAAGAGUAUAUUGACUCCCUAGAAGACUACAUACAGAAAAAGAGGGACGCAGUUUUAAUCAAAGACUUCGUAGUCGGAGCAAUGGAAGGCACGACCGUCCCAAUACGAAAGAUUGAUGAGGGUGUGAAAUUUAAAGAAUAUGUCGAGCCCCCUCUUCCACCCAAUAAAAAAGUCUAUAUAAAUUUGGAAAACGAAUUUGAAGAGAUAGAGAAGGAGAUCUAUGAGGAGGCGGAGGAUUUCAGGCGAGAAGUAUGCACAGAAGUAUGCAGAGCCACCUCAGCUUAUAAUGUGGACAGUGAAGAUGAAUUCACUUCCGCGUUAGAAGACAAUACUGAUGAUGAUGCUGAAGAAGGCGAUAGCAAGAAAGAAUUUUGGCAAAAAUUAGAAAGAAAGAAAAAAGAGGAGCAAGGUUCAAUUGCAUAUGCACAAAGGGUUACGAACUAUAGACUAGACUCGGUCAACGAGGAGCUCUUUAAUAUAAGAGUCGAACAAAAAGAGAUAGCGAAGAUGGUGAUCGGGCUUGAAGCAAGGAUUGAGCAGGUGUUACGGUUAAUGGCCCCAACCCCUCGACGAGUUCGGCCACCACCUAGAAAUAACCGUCUACAAGAGGUGAUGGAGCGCAUUGAAAGGAUGAUGACCGCGAUACCAGUCAGGAGCAAGCAACAGAGGAUGUAUCUUCUCAGAACUGGAGAAUUGUAGGAGAUCAAGAUCUAUCAAUUCGAAGGGAGAAACAACAAUUGUCUUGAAAAAGUAAAAACAAAUGACUAUUAAGUCGUUAAGCUGAACAUCCGACUGUUAAGUCGUUAAACUGAGCACCAAAACUCAAAUCGACCGCCAUGUCAUUAAACUGAACACCAAAACUCAAAUCGAUCGCCAUGUCGCUAAAUUGAGCAACCCAAUUUAAAAUCGACCGCCAUGUCGCAAAACUGAGCAACUCAAUUUAAAAUCCACCGCCAUGUCGCUAAACUGAGCACCUCAACUUCAACCGACCGCCAUGUC